UUUGAAAGAAGCUUAGUUUCAUGAUUUUACUUCAAUCUAAGGAAUGGCCGAAGUCGGGGACAUUUCUGAUAAUAAUCUGGCAGCUCGAGAAUCUGAGAUGCUGAAUCAUCCUGCAUUCAGAAAGAAGUUUCAUCAAUGACUUCUGGGAAGAUUAUGAAAUCUUGAAGGUUAAUUUCUCUCGGUACACUGGCAUUUUUGUUUUAUUUGAAUAAAUCUUAGAGCCAGAAGAGAUAAUGCCACGUAGAUGGUAAUCAAUACUUAAUGAUAGGCCUGAACAGCAUUUAAGCACGAUGCGGUUGACCUUUUUGUGUAUACAGUCUGUAAGAAAUUUCUAACAGCAGAACAAUUCUUCCUGUUAAUGUAUUCGAUGGAUAGCGAAGUUAUAAAUAAAUUAUAUUUCAAGGCUAGGCAAAUCUUUAAGUUCAUGAGACCCUGAGAAUAAGUUCUCCAGAAUUUACCAAUCCAUUAUAACUGGAUACGUGACAGUGGCUCUUACUUUCUUAAUAAUAUUUUAAGGUCCUGCUUUUGAAGGUCUAGAGGUUUCAAAUGUAAUACUCAACGGUACGCUGUCCGGACUGAGGCUUAGUGUGAUAGAGAAUUUCUUGUGAUGCUUUGAAAUCUAUCUUCUCUGAUUCUGUAAAGAGCAGCUUUUCCUUAGCAAUGUUUAAGUAGAGUCCACACAUUGUGCUCUUAUAUGGUUGAAAAUAUACGUGGUUGUUAUAGAAUAAAAAUACUUAUUAGACCCAGAGAAUUUUGUUAUUAAGUAUUUUUAUUUCGGAACUACAAUUUAUACCCGUACCAUCAGAGUUAAAUGGAUGUAUAUCUGGCUCAGUAUCUUUCAGAAUUUUUUAGGAGUUUUAUUGCAUGAUCAAUAUCACUUUUGAAUCGGGAGUAAUUUAGUUUUAUGCCAAUAUGAUAAAUUAUUAAUUGAUUAACUGUAUCUUCAAGUUAUAAUUUUUCAUGGCAAUAGUUUACCAGUUGAUUUUGAAUUGAUUUCAAUUGGUCAUAAGCAUUUAGUAAUCUUGCCUUGGAUUUAGACUCUAUGCAGACCUCUUCAUCAUUGAGCAUCUUUUUCUCUUCUAACAUUGCCAACUUCAAACUUUUGAAUUUUUUCAUAAAGUCCUUAAGAGUCUGAGGUGUUUGUUGUUCCAGCUCUAGCUCUUGAGGAUUAUCGCUCUCUUGCUGCUGUUUAAGCUCAUUACGACCAUCAGAAUGGUUGUGCAUUCAAUCCAUGGAACUGGGUGAUGACUCCAUUUAUAUUUAGAAUUUAUUAUAUUCAAUCAUGAAUUUA